UGCACUUUCAAUCCCAGUGAGUCUCAUGCGACAGCCAUGGCCAGUCACCAGCACUACAUGGCUCUCUUGACCGAGAUGAAACCGGACAUGACGAUCUUGGAUGCUGGAUGUGGAACUGGGAGACUGGCUAGAGAGAUUUGCAUCAGUGAGUCAAAGGAGUGUAGUUGGCUAGAGCUUGGAGAGCUCCGUUACUACAAACAGAAGGCAUAUGGGCAGUGUGAAUUUAUUCAAGGUGAUUUAACGAAAACGUCAUUCUCAGACAACACCUUCGACGUCGUCUACGCCAUGGAAGCAACCUGCUAUUCGCGCCCGUUCGCAACCACCCACAAGGAAAUCAAACGCGUGCUCAAGCUCUGCGGAAUCUUUGGAACCUAUGAGUAGUGCCUGACUCCGCUUUAUGAUCAUGAAAAUCCCAAGCAUCGUGAGAUUUGGAACAAUAUGGAGCGCGGAGCUAGUGUUGUGUAUCUGUGCAAUGUCCACGAAGUUGAGGCCACGAUUGCAGAAGCGGGACUUAAAGUGAGUGAGUGAGUGCGCGGAGUGCUAGUGCGAUUGGCUAGGUAUCUAAUGGUCGG